GCGCAUGCGCGGUGCCGCUGGCGGGCUGUGCCUCACGGGCUGGCGGGAGCCGCGGCCCGGCCAUGGCCGAGGCGUAUUUCCCCGUGGGCCCCGGGCUGGGCAUGGAGGAGAAUUUCCUCUCGCUGGACGAUAUCCUGAUGUCGCAGGAGAAGCUGCCGGGGCGCGCCGAGAGCGCGCUGCCGCGCCUGGCCGUGUUGCUGGGGCAGGGAGCCGGCAGCGCCGAGUCCAUCCCGGAGGGGUCAAAGCUGGAAAUCCCUCUGUGGCUUGCCAAAGGGCUGCACGACAGCAAAAGGAGAAUCAUUUCUGUGGAACUGCCCAAGAUUUACAAAGAAGCCUGGAGGACGGUGUUCAGUGCUGAUGCCAAUGUGGUUGAUCUGCAUAAAAUGGGGCCCUACUACUAUGGAUUUGGCUCACAGCUCCUGAAUUUUGAGAAUCCAGAGAAUCCUGAGAUAGCUCAGACUAUCCUGCAGACGUUCAUUGCCCGCUUCCGCCGCAUCAUGGACUCCUCACAGAACGCCUACAACGAGGACACGUCCGCGCUGGUGGCUCGCCUGGACCAGCUGGAACGGGCUCUCUUUCAAGUGGGACAGAAAGGCCUGAACGACUUCCAGUGCUGGGAAAAGGGACAGGCUUCCCAAAUCACAGCUUCCACUCUGGUGCAGAACUACGGCAAGAGAAAGCUCGCAGAAGUGGAUGGUUAAAAGCCUGAGGAACAUGAAGUGACAGUCGGGGGCACAGAUUUACAGCCUGUCGUAGAAGAGGAAAAUUAAUCAAUUUAGGAAAGGACAGGCUCCCUGUCCAUUAAUGGGAAUUCUUCUCUGUAACAACUUUGAGAGACUAGGGAGAGUUUUAAAGGCAGAGGGCAAGGGUAAAAAACCACAUCACACCACUAACAGCCUUACAGUUUACUCGUAGCACUCCUGAGGAGUUGCAGUUAAGGUGUUUGCUAGUGGCUGAAAGGCUAUGAGAGGAUUUUCUAAAAGGGUAAUAAAUACUAAUUAUUGUUCCAAAAUUAUAUUUACAAUACCAGAUCUGGAAAGAAGUGUAAUUAACGUAUUUCAUCUUGUGCUUCCCAUCCCAGCCUCCUGGAAACAGCUGUUGAUUCUAUGAACAGCUGUUUCCAGAUUCCCUGUUCUUUAGAGAGCCCCAGUGAUGUGGAAAAAAUGUGAUGCAACAUUACUUUUGGGGUUUUUUUUAUUUCUUAUACACUGAGGUGGAACAGGUGCUCUUUGUGAGGCAGGAAUGUUUUUCUUUGCUGACUCCUGUACACAGUGGCAGUGCCCUGGAGAGAAAUACCUCAAACCCACACAGCAAGUGGCUGCACAGGUCUCGUGCUGCUUUGUCCUCUCUCCCUUUCUGCCCCUUGUGACCUUGGUGCUGUUUAGUAAAAAAUGUUCUUGUUUGAUGCCUGUGGCUUCUGUGCUGGAUGUGUCUCUGUGAUGGGUGUUCUACAGAGGAGGAAACAGAAGGCAGCAAAGAAUAAAGUCAGGAGCAGAUAAAAAGCAGAAACUUUAAUGGAAACUCUGUCCCAUUAGCAACCUGUGAAAUACUUGUUUCUCCAUGAGAAAUUCUUCUGAUUUCUGAAUUUGGUUGGUAGGAGGGACAGAGCAAAUGAACUGAGUUUCCUUGCUUCUGAUCCAUCCAAAUGAAUCUAGGAAAAUGAUCCUAGUAAAUGUCAUCCUUGCCAGUAGGAGUGACUGGAUUUGGGACUUGCUAAACAGCACCGUGGUUAUCAUCCCAUGUGGAUGCCCUUAAUCACAGAUCAUCUUAAGUCCCAUGGGACUGAGAAAAGAAGACAUGGUUAUCUCUGUAGGACUUAGUUCCUGCAGUCAUGGGGGUGGUUGUCCUUUGGGAGCAGUAUUAGACAUCUUACAGGUGCUUCUGUGCCUCUGUAGAAGGAAGACCUUGAGAACCUAAGCAGAGGAGCUGGAUCCUGAUGCUGCUUCCACUUCUGUGGGAAUCCCAGGGAGGUGGCAGCAAGAUCCAAAUCUCAGAGGAACUUUUACUGGACUUGCAGAUGCACCUGGGUGUUGGAUGCUGUCAAACAAGACCUCGAGCACAAAGGGCCAUUCCUUGGGCAGAGAUGUUCAAGCUCAGCCUGUGGAGGUUGUGAGAGGGGACAGUGUUGUGCCUUCACAAUUACCUUGGUGCCUCCCCCUCAGCUGUCCUGCCACAGGAGGCUAACUGGAAGCUUGCCUGACAAAGUAUUUUAAGUAUGUGCAGGAUGAAAUGCUGCUGCACUUAAUGACUUAAUGGCACAUAAUGGCUUAUGCAUUUGUCAGUUGUCCAUUUCUGGAUUUUUAUCCUGAAUAAAUGUUUUGUAAAGCAA